UGAGGAAUGCGGUCGUCCCCUUGGGAAAGUACAUAUCUGGGAGCAGCAGGAGGCUCCGCGAUCGUACUCAGGAUCCGUCGGCUCACCGUGCUCGUGCCCGCCUCUCAGCUCCCGCCGCAGCCCAAGGGCCCCUCGCCACCGCCACCAUGGACGCCAUCAAGAAGAAGAUGCAGAUGCUGAAGCUCGACAAGGAGAACGCCUUGGAUCGAGCAGAGCAGGCAGAGGCCGACAAGAAGGCGGCAGAAGACAGGAGCAAACAGCUGGAAGAUGAGCUGGUGUCGCUGCAAAAGAAACUCAAGGGCACUGAAGAUGAACUGGACAAAUACUCUGAGGCUCUCAAAGAUGCCCAGGAGAAACUGGAGCUGGCGGAGAAAAAGGCCACUGAUGCUGAAGCUGAUGUAGCUUCUCUGAACAGACGCAUCCAGCUGGUUGAGGAAGAGUUGGAUCGUGCUCAGGAGCGUCUGGCAACAGCUUUGCAGAAGCUGGAGGAGGCUGAAAAAGCAGCAGAUGAAAGCGAGAGAGGCAUGAAAGUCAUUGAAAGUAGAGCCCAAAAGGAUGAAGAAAAAAUGGAAAUUCAGGAGAUCCAACUGAAAGAGGCCAAGCACAUUGCUGAAGAUGCCGACCGAAAAUAUGAAGAGGUAGCCCGUAAGCUGGUCAUCAUUGAAAGUGACCUGGAACGUGCAGAGGAGCGGGCUGAGCUCUCAGAAGGCAAAUGUGCCGAGCUUGAAGAAGAAUUGAAAACUGUGACCAACAACUUGAAGUCACUGGAGGCUCAGGCUGAGAAGUACUCUCAGAAGGAAGACAAAUAUGAGGAAGAGAUCAAGGUCCUUUCUGACAAGCUGAAGGAGGCUGAGACUCGGGCUGAGUUUGCCGAGAGGUCAGUAACUAAAUUGGAGAAAAGCAUUGAUGACUUAGAAGACCAGCUCUACCAGCAACUUGAACAAAACCGCCGCCUAACUAAUGAACUAAAGUUGGCCCUGAAUGAGGAUUAAAAAGUGUGAAAAAUUCUUGGGCUGAAUUCUAGGAAUGGAGCCCAUGUGCAGGAAAUCUAAGACUGUCCAACCCUCAGCCAAUAGGGUGGAAAACGGUACUUUCUUCUGCAGAAAUGCAAAUGAAAGGAAUCGGCUGAAAGGCGCUGGCUUGGCCUGUCUUUUCCUCUAUAUAUCAGGAAUAAUUAAGUUCUCUUUAAUCCCCAAACAAUUUUUUAUGGUAAAAUAAAAUACAUAUAUUAUAUAUGUGGAUAAAUAUUUAUAACAAUCAAGUCAGCACUCUUUUUGCAACAGCAGGUCCUCCUCUUUCAAUAAUGAGGACCAAAAAAUUUUUGUUUUCUAUUUCACAGAGACAACUGUGAGUCCCGCUUUAAGUAUAUAUAUAAUUACAUAUUUGUAUUCCUAACUUAUUCAUAUAUGGUAUAGUGUUUGAAAUAUAAUUAAAUGUACCUAUGCUUGGGCAAAUAGCUUUUGAAAACAGGAGCUUAUAUCAGAAGUCCCUGGUUGUCUGAAAGGUAUGCUUUAUUCAGUUUAAUAGUGUUGUUGGAAUCUGAUGAGAAUGUCUUGCUACUACUAAAUAGAAUACUAUAAAAUAUUAAGAGAAUGUCCUAAUGAAGUGUGCAUGAAACAUGUUGAUAACUUUAUGAGCAACAGAAAUAAAUCAUUUUAAAAGUUGUCCAAAACCUAUUAUGUCAUCUUUGUUUUCUGUGAGGCCGUGUUACAACACGUCUCCCAGACCUUUAACUGCCUGUAACUCAGAAGCAUCUGCUGAUAUUAAUUUCUCCAGUUUGUAUAAUAAUGCUGCAAGCUGUAUUUGGUUUUUGCCUCUCUGUAUUCCCACAGCAUACAAUCGGUAAACCUUCACCAAACCCACCCUGCAUUUUAUUCUCAGGGCGGAUUAUUGGUGCUGGUGUCUCUGACCACACUAAGACUCUGCUGUGCCUGUGGUUCCUUUGGGUUAAAGAUGUCUUCCCCAUCUUAAGUCCUUGUCUAGAAAUGAGUAAUGUCUUAAAAGCAUGCCUAGUUCUAAUCAUCUCAUUCUGUGUUUGUGAUUGAUGUUUGCCUGCCUGAAUGUACAAAGCACCACUGUGUCCAAAGCACAGCUAUUCAUGACUUAAUUUUCUAAUCCCACCACAGAGAAAGUGGCUCAUGCCAAAGAAGAAAACCUUAGUAUGCAUCAGAUGCUGGAUCAGACUUUACUGGAGUUAAACAACAUGUGAAAACCUCCUUAGCUGCGGCCACAUUCUUUUAUUUUAUUUUUUGUUGUUUUGUUUCUAAACACCUGCUUACCAUGAUACCCCUUAAAUGCAUUUUUAUUUACUUUUACCACCAUCACAAAAACAUCCACAAAACACCAGCUAGGGCAGGAGGUAGGGAGAAAACACCAAAAAAGGCAAGCCCAUGUUAGGGCAAUAAUGGUUUAAAUGUGCCAUUUCCCAGGUUGACAUUGCCACACUUUACGUAGAGUUUAGCCACACAGUUUGCUUAGUCAGUGGAAGACUCCUCACUGAAGCAGAAAGAUUUCCACUCAAAGUGCCAAUGAUAGGGGCAACAGGAAGAUUGAUGUCGGAGACAAUCAGUUGUGGAUUGGUGCUACUUUAAAUAAAAUGUCCCCUGUGGUCUUUUGUUCAAUAUUGUACAAUUUAGAAUUUUGUCCAACACUAUUUUGUCUUGAGUUUUACUGCAAGAUGAAACUAUGGAUCCAGUAUGCCUGUGUUCACUGAAGCCAAGGAUUUGAAAGCCACACUGCUCUUCUAAGGCUUCCAUUCCUUUCUGAUUGGCACACUUGCAGCCCAUUACAACUUCUGUAGAAGAGCAUUCAAUGUGGAUUUCCACUCUUUCCCAUUGUCCAUGUUAAAGUGAAAGGUGUAGGCACUACAUACAAUUGGUAAAGAAAAUACAUUUUCUUGAGAAUUAUAACUAUAUGUAAACAUUGUAUAAUGAUAUGAAAUAAAAUGCACAUUGUAGGACAUUUUCUAAA